CGCGGUAAACUUCAUUCGAGGAAGUGGUAGCAGCAGCGACUCAACGACAGAGGAGAGUUUGUUGUUUAUUCCCCGUUUGAAAGAGGACAAAACAGCACGCAGCCCUUUCAAAAUGUCGGGAUUUGAUAGCAACCCGUUCGCAGCGCCUGUCAGCGACAACCCCUUCAAUGACCCUUCGGUCACACAAGUGACCAACUCCAGCGUAGAACCAGUUGACCAGUACAACCCUUUCCCUGCCCAUCCCACAGAUGGCCUAGCUGCUCAGACCACUCCAGCCUCCACCUCUCCCUACCAGCCUGCUGUGUUACAGCCGUCUACAGAGCCCAGUCCGCAGGCAACUGCUGCUGCAGCUCAGGCCAAUCUGCUGAGGCAGCAGGAGGAGCUGGAGAGAAAAGCUGCCGAGUUGGACCGCAGAGAGCAGGAGCUACAGAGCAGAGGCCCGACAGGUAAAGCAAACAACUGGCCUCCACUUCCCAAGUUCUUCCCCAUCAAACCAUGUUUCUAUCAGGACUUCUCAGAGGAAAUCCCCCCAGAGUACCAGAGAGUCUGCAAGAUGAUGUACUAUCUCUGGAUGUUCAACUGUAUGACUCUGUUCCUCAACCUGUUGGCUUGUUUGGCUUACUUCACCACUAAUGCAAGCUAUGGUGUGGAUUUUGGCCUCUCCAUCCUCUGGCUCAUCCUCUUCGCUCCCUGCUCCUUCCUCUGCUGGUACCGGCCCGUCUACAAAGCCUUCAAGACUGACAGCUCUUUCAGCUUCUUCUUCUUCUUCUUCGUGUUUUUCUGCCAAGUGGUGAUCUUCAUCAUCCAGGCUGUAGGCAUCCCCAGGUGGGGGAACAGUGGUUGGAUUGCUGCCUUCACUAUCAUCAGCAUAAACAAAGCAGUGGGAGCCAUCAUGAUCAUAGUGGCCAUCCUCUUCACCAUCUGCGCUGUGCUGUCUAUCAUCCUGCUCAAGAUGGUCCACAGCAUGUACCGCCGGACCGGGGCCAGUUUCCAGAAGGCCCAGCAGGAAUUUUCACAGGGAGUCUUCACGAAUAAAACCUUCCAAACAGCUGCUGCCGGUGCAGCGUCCUCCGCGGCCCAGGGAGCCUUUCAGGGAAACUAAGGGUAGACUGAGUUGAGCUCCAUUUAACAGGUCAAGGUCUAUAUGUUAUCAGGUUUAGAUUAUAAACAAAAAGCGGAAAAAAGUGGAAUGAAGCAGGAAGUUCAGGUUCAUUGAGAACUUGUUGGUUGGCAUGAAAGUAGCAGGAAGUUAUUGUGACUCUGGUAGCAGCUUCUGCCUUUUGGAGCCAGCAGCUGCAAAUGAUAAUCUAACCUUAUACUGUAUAGACCUUGAGCUAGGUGAGGCUACAUUAUUAGCCUCCCUCCUUUCACCCCCACUAUCAAUGCACAUGUAAUUCCCCAUAUUAACUUUGCUUUACACUCUCAGCAUGUCUCCCGCAGAGUGACUUCUUCUGGCUCUGUUUGGGUGUAAAAAGCAGUGUAGGGGAAAGUCACACAUCAAGUGCAUUCUGGAGUUGAAAGCAUUAAUGAAGUUGACUCAUUGCUACUCCAGUGUCCUGGCUUUGUAUAUUUUGUGUGCACUUUUUUGGCAAUGCUCUUCAGUGUAUUAUGUGGCCGUAAGUGAGUGUGUGCGUGUGCGUGUGCGUGUGCGUGUGCGUGUGUGCGUGUGUGUGUGUGUGUGUGUGUGUGUGUGUGUGUGUGUGCGCGAGCGUGCGUGUGUGUGUGUGUGUGUGUGUGUGUGUGUGUGUACUGGCAUGCUGCUCACGUGUAUUCAUGUGGGUGCAGUACGCUUCUGUUUCUCCACGCUGAUGGUGGACCCUGAUCCUGUAAUAUAAAUAAGAUGAAGUGUUUCUGUUUGUCAUUGAUUGGUUGUUUUCUCUGUCUCAAAAGCAUUUCUUCUUUUUCAUUGCACCUAUUUUGGCAAACCAUCUCUUUUGCAUGCCACAAAUUUCAGUCUUAAAAGAAAGAAAAAUAACUGUAAUGAAUGCAUUACUGUAAUAUGUUACUGAUAAUAUUCCCCUUAUCUGCGGCCAAUUAUUCAAUGGGGAAAAAUAGUCUGAAUUCUCGGACUGACGCCCCCCCAACUUAUGUCUGGAACCAAAACAUCCCAAGAUCUUUAUGAAAAAUUACUAUGAUUAGUACAAAUAUUUGUAUAUUUUAGUAUUUGAUAUCACAUGAGAGUUUCUCCAUAAAGAUCACAUCCACGUGUGAAAAAUUAAAGUGUUUUGGGUCAAUCGAUUUCAAGCAAAUUAAAUUUCUGCUUUAAUUUAGACUACAGAAGCAGCUUCAACUACAUCUUUGAUCUUUCACUGCUUUGCUCAAUAGUUGUUUCUUAGGAAACCAAAGUAAUUCUGACAAAAAAUGUAAUAUUUUGCUAAUAAAAUAAAUGUAUUUACUUCAAGCAGACUGACACCAAUUCUUGCUAUUUCCUUUAAUAGGCUGAGCCUGCUAACAGUAUAUGCGGGGGGGAGGAACAUCUUAUUUUUAAAUGAGGAUUAACAGUGUAGAAAUCAGCUAGUGUGAAUAUUUGAUGUGUAUCUGACUUUAAUUUCUACUUGAGCGGUGUAAACUUGCCAUAACUUACCUUCCUUUAAAAAGAACCAGUGUCUCAACAUCACCAGUAUGCAGCUAAGGUAUUUCAUUUUCUCAUAGAUGGUUUCACUUCUCAAAAGUCUUCCUUGCAGCCAUUUACCACCAAGUUCUAAAUUAUUUGUCUAUUGAUGUAUAUUUUUUAUGUGAUUUCUUACAUUGAAAAACAUUCAUAUGUGUUUAUUUGAUGUACUGUUUUAAAACAUCAGCUUAGAUGUAACAUAUAUUAGCAUUCCUAAAGAACACUUGCAUACUCAAGACAGUUUGUGUGAUUUCUUGUGACAGACAUCGGUCUAAUUUACAGUUUGAUCUUACAUCCAUUAUAUAAUAUAUAAGAUUUGUAUUCAUUCACACAUCUCUGUAUGCAUUGUGCUGGGAGAAAAGAAUUCAGUGCCUUUUGUAUUUCAAUAUUGAAUAUUGCAUCUAAUAAAAUGCUUUGCUUUCAUUUAAA